UGGCGGCUCCGCCCUCACCAAGAUGGUGGAAGGGGCGUUGCCGCAGUUGCCGGAAGCGCACGGGCAGGUGGUUCCUCCCCGGCCCAGCAUGGCGGAGGCGUCGGGCGAGGGCCCGCGGCUGCCGGAGCUGCUGGAGACGGGCUGGCGGCUGCUGGAGGAGGUGGAAGCCAGCACCGAGCCGUCCUCCGGGGCUCCGUCCGUGCAGGCCAAGGUGCGGCAGGGGCUGGGCGCGCUGCAGCGGGCGGCCGCCAUGGUGGAAGAGCUGGAGCUGUUCAGCGAGAACGAGGAGCUGGAGGAGAUCACCUCGGCCGACCUCAAGUACCUGCUGGUGCCCGCGCUGCUGGGCGCCAUGACGUUGCGGCAGGUGGAGCCGAGCCGGCGGCGGGAGCACCUGGAGAGCGCCCGGCUGCACUUCUGCCGCUUCCUGGAGCUGUGCCGUUCGUACGGGCUGAGCGGCGCGAGGCCGCCCCCCGCCGCCCCCCGGGAGGACGACGAGGCCGGGAGCGCCGCCCAGCGCAGCCUGCUGGCCAUGGCCUCCAACCGGCAGGCCAAGAUCGAGAGAUAUAAGCAGAAAAAAGAACUGGAGAACAAGUUGGCCUCUUUGAGAACCUUUGUGGAGAGUGGGCAGGCAGAUGAGGAGCAAGUACGGGAGCUGUAUCUACUGCAGGCCCAGAAAUGGAUCAACAUCAGCUUUGAGGAAAUAGAAAGCAUUGACCAGGAAAUGGUCAUCUUGAAGAGCAGAGAUGUAAUGAAACAGUCUUCAGCACCACCACACAGUCCUUCUCGACAAGUCAGGACUCCAUUGAAACCUUUCAUUCUUACCCGGGAUGCAGUUCAGGCUAAAGUGUUUGGUGCUGGAUAUCCUGGCCUGCCAACUAUGACUGUAAAUGAUUGGUAUGAUCAGAAGAGAAGGGAAGAAGCAGCGCUUGGUCAGAGUGCACCUCAGAGGCCACCAGCAGACACAAAUGAUGAAGAGCUGCAGAAGGAGCAGCAGGAGAAAAUAAAGGAGGAGGAUGAUGAGGAAGCUCUUCAAAAAGCUCGGGACUGGGAUGACUGGAAAGAUACACACCCAAGAGGCUAUGGCAACCGGCAGAACAUGGGCUGAUGCUCCAGCAGCAAGGAGAACAGGGCCUGGAAAUCCUGUAAGAGCUGCCUAUGUCUCGCAGAUGUAAGAAUACACUGUACAUAUGCCGAGGUAUCUUUGACUUCUCUGGGAGUCACUGGAGUCAGAGGAGUAAACGUGACAAUUUGCUUUGGUUUACAUGAAAUGUCAGGCUGAGUGUACCUGUCCUGUGCAGUGACACCACAGGGUGGCUCCUGACAGCGGGCACUGCACGAUGGAUCAGGCUGCCUCUGCCCUCCCAGUCAGAGGAAGUCCUUGGAAGAAAAGAUACCUGAGUUUGGAAACCGCUCUUUGUACUGUUGGUGGAUGUAUUUAUUUUUUUCCCCUCUAUAUUUUAAACAAAAUAAAAUCUCUUGUGUUGCCUAGUU